AUGAGUUCGAUUGAGGUGGACUCACUUCGAUCCCUAUCACCUCCUCGAUCACCUCGAUCUACCUCAGAAGGCAACAAUGUGGUGAUGGAACGUUUCGAGGGAGAAGCGUGUCAAAUAAUGCGCAAUGUGAUGGACAAUUGUCUGAAGAAAGCCAAAGAAGUGGGAGAUAGCAAUCGUGGAUGGCACAAUCGUCUCCUCAAUCACUACAGUUUUUUCCUUCAUACAUUGGCCAACACGAUCACCUAUGUGCACGAGUUGAGUCUCUACCAUACUGAUAAAAGAAGCUUUCUCGCCUUUUGCAUCAAACACCUGCAGAGUUUGCAAAAAUUAGCGAUAAGUGCACAGAAAGAUUUUGAGGAAAUGCCCCAAAUCCAUCCAUUUGACGAGGAUUAUGAGCCCAAGAUCACACGCAUCCCGCUUUUCGCCUCGUCUCGUGUGCGCAAAGUGCUCUCGAAUCGCGGAUUUCUCUUUAAUGAGAUCAAAGACAACAUAUCGGAAUCGAACAGCACGGUGACCGUCUCGGAAAGCAAUUCAAAAGAAGUUACAAGUUCCGCUGAAGAGUUUAGUACGCCUGAUCGAUUGUACAGAUCACCGUUUGAUAAUAGCUCGCCAAAACAAAUGCUGUUCUUCUUGCGAACCCCUCCCUCAUCGCCGCUUCCUCCAAAGCUCAGCUAUUCGCCUAAUAUCAAUCUUGAUGCCACAAGUAUGAUCGGUUCUCCACCUCCACCAAUGGCCGCUCUCCGUGCCGCUCAUGCGACUAAAUCAAUCUCGAGUCUUCCGAAAUUGGAGGAACCCGAUGAAGAAAAUGCUUUAAUCAAUGAGGAAAUGAAAACGAAAGCGGACGUGAUUUUUGUGGAACGAAAGAUCAUCCUGCCAAAACUUGAUUUUUCUGUAUUCACCGACGAGGAACUCGCCGAUGAUUUCACUGAUUGG